GGGCAUUUUUGGUAUAAUUAUGAUGGUGCAUGAAUUGGAUUUUAUCUGUCAAACCAACAUCUCAGAUUCCUCAGCAAAAAAUGGUAAGGAUCUAAAUACCUGGAUAUGAAUAUGAUUUAUCCCCCAGAAUUUAAUACUGCUGUUACAGCCAAAAAUGAAAGACAUCAGAGUGAAUUUAAUAUAUCCUCCAUAUUUUUAAAUUAGUUGUGUUUACGUAAACAAUACGUUCCUUACAACGAUAAACUUAUAUUUAAAAAGACGAAUGCGCUCGCACUCGAACUAAGAACUUCAUGCAUGGUUACGACUUCUUCAAACUUAGAGUAAUACCACUAAACUAAUAAUUAGAAAUGAGGUGAUUCUCUCAAAAUAAUAAUGCAUAAGAAAUAAUGAGAUAAAAGUCAUAAAACCAUAUGACAAAAUUAAAAAAAAUAAAUCCUCUAAUUUAGGGAAAAUUUGGCAAAUGUAGCAGAACCACAAAUCCUCUAAACCAGAGGUAGAGAUUAACCAUGGUUAGAUUUUAACCAUUGGGCAAAAAAAUCAGUAUUUAAAUGCAUCGAAACCAAUAUUACCUUUGCAUUAUAUGAGUGCUUUUGAUAUAUAGGUUACAUAAUAUCAUACAAUUAUACAAAUUCUUUUCAGAGGGGUUGAAAGAAUUUCACCAAAAAGUAAAAACCCCUGAAAUAGGGAUUUUGUCUAAAAUUUUGAUCAGGGUGGCGAUAGAGGGAAACCACAAGAAUUUGGUUGGGAAUUCAUCUGCAAUUUAUAUAUUUGAAAGGGAUGCAGCUUCCACAAUCAGAAGUAACUUAUUAAUUUCGGGUGUUUGAUAGAAUUAAUAUUUGGUUUGAUUGUGGUUCGUAUAGGAGUGACCUACACAUCAAAAUAAGCAAACUAGGAGAUAUAGGUACUGAUCCAGAGAGUCACCAACAUUGUGAAUAUGGAAUGCAACAAAGAAGAGGCCUUUAAGGCCAAACAGAUAGCAGAGUUGAAGGUUGCAGGGUUUGACUUUGCUGGGGCUAAACAAUUUGCUUUAAAAGCUCAAAACUUGUAUCCUGAGCUUGAUGGUCUUCCUCAAUUUCUGGCAACUCUCGAUGUCUACACCUCUGCUGAGAAGGGACCAAAUGGGGAAGUUAAUUGGUACAAGGUCCUUGGAGUGGAACCUUUGGCUAAUGAAGAUACAAUCCAAAAGCAAUUCAGGAAACUGGCUUUAAUGCUUCACCCAGAUAAAAAUAAAUCUGCAGGUGCUGAAGGGGCGUUCAAGAUUAUAUCCGAUGCCAGGAGAAUUCUUCAUGACCGGAAGCAGAUUUUAAGCUCUACGCAUGAUGGAGUUCCAGAUGGGAAAUCAUCGAUGCCUACUACAAAGUAUGGUUUCUGUGAUUUCUUUACUAGGAAUCAUUCAAACACAAGGGAUGAGAGGAGUGCUACUCCUACCAUGCCAGAUGGGAAAUCAUCGAUGCCUACUACACAGUUUAACAGUUAUCAUUCAAAGACAAGGGACCAGAGGAGUUCUACUCCUACCAUGCCAGAUGGGAAAUCAUCGAUGCCUACUACUCAGAAUAAGUUCCAGUUCAACAAUUAUAAUUCAAACACAAGGGAUGAGAGGAAUGCUACUCCUACCAAGCCUUUGACAACUUCUCGUCCACAGAAAGGUCGGAAAACUACAUUUUGGACCAUUUGCAGUUGUUGCAAGGUGUAUUUUGAGUAUCUUAGAAUGUUUCUCACCCACAAGCUUCAAUGUCACAACUGCCAUAAUCACUUUAUAGCUCAUAAGAUACCAGCCCCCAAAAAUGCAUCAAAGUCAAGGCCUUUUGACCCUCAGCAACAAAUACCUAGUCAGCCUACCAUUCCCAAUAACUCUUGUGAUCCAGGAAGGACACCUGCUGCUGCCGCAGAUGUGAGAUCAUCAGGAAUUUCUGGUGUCAACAAACCAAUGUUUGCUCCAGGAUGGACACAUGCUGCGGCUGCAGAUGUGAGAUCAUCAGGAAUUUCUGGUGUCGACAAACCAAUGCUUGCUCCUGGAUGGACACAUGCUGCCGCUAGAGAUGUGAGAUCAUCAGGAAUUUCUGGUCUAUGCUUCAACUCAGCAACUGCUGAAAGUAUGCAAACAACAGCCUUCAGUUCUAGUCAAGCUGCAGGUAGUGCUCAUCCAGCAUUCGGGCAAUUGAAUAGAGCGCAUGAAGUGUCAUUUCCAUAUAAGGAGGCCCAUCAGUGCAAAUUUCAUGCUUUUGAGAAUCCAGAUCCUUUCUUAUCUACAGUAUCUCCUAAUACUGGUUUCAGCACUGUGCCCAAUGGAGUUGAGCCUAGAAAGAAAAGGCAUCGGUGGCAAGAGAUGCAAACUAAUGUGGGAAUGGGAAAUGAAGGAGUUGAUAUGCCCAAUCUCUCACGGGAAUAGAUAUAUAUAUAUAUAUAUAUGCAUGUAAUAUAUAGGUAGCUCGGCCCAUCUAGAGUUCAUAUUUGAUUUGGGUUGGGAGACUGAAUCAAUCAGAGAUAUCUGAGAGUGUGUGCGUCGUGUUUGAAGGGUUUUGGUGGGUGAAUACGGAGGAACAAGCUUCGAAUGGAAAUGGCCCGAAUGUGUUAUUCUGUGAAUCUAAGUUGUUAGGAAAAGAAAUUUAGAGGCCUUUGAAAAGCUACACUUCAAAGUAGGGAACUUUGAAAUCUUAACUAUUGUCCAGUUAUGCUUAACCAUCAUUGGAAGAAGAGAACUUUGAAAUCUUACCCUUCAAAGUAGGCAGUGUUUGCCUGAGCACUUCUUUGAUAUACCAGUUGUUUAGUUUACUCAUUGAGCACUUCUUUGAUAUACCAGUUGCUUAGUUUACUCAUUGAGAAUGGGAAAGGAAGAAGCAAAGUUUAAAUCCUUUGACUUCCUGUCAUUGGUUAUGACUAAAAGUAAACAAGUAUCCUAUAAAGAAAGAGAAGGAAAAAUAGUUCUUCAUUACCUCUGAUACUUUGUCAAGAGACUUGACUCAUAGAGUCAGAAACUCAUGGGAACAAUAAUUAACCAAGUGACUAAGUUUGGGCAGUUUGCAGUGCAGAUUUCUGCUUUGUUUCCUCAAAACUGUUCUGGUUUUGGUAAAAGGGAUGACAGCCAAAGUGUUGGGGGCCUGUGGUGUCUUGGCCGUGUUUUGGAUGCUGUGGAUGGAAAGAAACAGAAGAAUUUUUGAAGUCUAAGGAGCAGAGAUUGAGGAGCUUUGGGAGCGAGCGAGAUUGUGGUUGGUCUUUGAGUUUCAGCCUCUAUGGCCUUUAAAGAUUACAGCUUCUCUUUCAUUUUGAGGGACUGGAGAGCAGCAGUAUUUUAGGAAUUUCUAUCUCUUUGACUGGUUUUUGCUGCUUCUCUUUUGAGCUUCUGUUUUGUGGACUUCUUUUCUACUCUUUGUUUUUAUAUUUGUUUUGUUCUUAACAAAAUCUGUUUCAUUUCCAAAAAAAAAAAACCAAAAAAAGCCUAGAAUUAUCUCUUGUUUCUCUGGUUUUCAUUGAAAUCCAAGCCAAUCCCUUUGUCCUGAGUUACAAAUGUUAUACAUAAUUGGAGAGCAGGUUCUAGCUUUUCAGUAGAAUGUUAGAUUUUGGACUGUAGACAAGGAUCAAAGGUCAAACGGAACAAGUACCAUGUCGUUACAAAGGUUAUAUAUGGAGUUGGGAGUACGCAGACUCCAUUUUGGGUUUUGUCUAAUUUACUGCUGCACCAUAUUUUCCUGUAGUAUGUUUAAAAAGAACCUUUUUUUGGAAAUGUUAUCUCUUAUGGGAGGAUUCCUCCUCGUAUUUGCUUCUCAUUAUAUACCUGUUCUCUUG